GCACUUGCGCUCUGAUCAGUUGGCAUGGCAACUGUACAGCAUGUGCCUAAAAAACAAGUGCUUGACCCAUCAACGAGAAGCGGAGAUUCGACAGUCAACAACUACGACGCCAUCUUAUUACUUUAAGGUAGAGAGAGACAGAGACAGAUAGACAAGGUUGUCAUCAUAGCUGGGAAUUAUGAGCGGAGCUAAAGCCCGCAUCGACCCGCCUGUUGCUGCUGAGAAUGUCUCGAGCGCCGGGCACAGUUCUGCGACUCCUGCGCGGGAGCGCAAGCCAAGUGGAGGGGUUCUGAAGAGACUCAAGUCUCGGCGAAGCCAGGUUGAUAGUAGGCCCGUCACAGAAGACCAUCUGCGGACACAAGUUGGCCACAUCACCCCUGAAGAGGUCCUAGGAUUGCGGGUUGCUACACGGGGGUACCUGUGUAAACCAGAGGACAACAUCUUCAACAUAGAUUUCAUUCGCUUUAAAAUCAGAGACCUGGAGACAGAGACUGUGUUGUUUGAAAUUGCCAAACCACCUCAUACGGAGGAAGACGAGGAGAACGGAGAGGGAGACAUGAGUGCAGGACGUUUCGUACGCUACCAGUUCACAGCAGCAUUCCUACAACUGAGGACAGUGGGAGCCACAGUGGAGUUUACAGUUGGCACCCGGCCUCUGAACAGCUUCAGGAUGAUUGAGAGGCACUACUUCAGGGAUCACCUCCUGAAGAGCUUUGACUUUGACUUCGGCUUCUGUAUCCCAAACAGCCGCAAUACUUGCGAACACAUCUACGAGUUCCCUCAGCUGCCCGAGAGCUUGGUUUGUCAGAUGGUGGAACAUCCCUAUGAAACGAGGUCAGACAGCUUCUACUUUGUUGACAACAGACUGGUCAUGCACAACAAGGCAGACUACGCUUAUAACGGGGGCAGGCAUUGAGUGUGUGUGUGUGUGUGUGUGUGUGUGUGUGUGUGUGUGUGUGUGUGUGUGUGUGUGUGUGUGUGUGUGCGCGCGCGUGCUGUGCCCAAGCCUAUACUCACACCAGCAGACUCUCCCCCAAAUGUUGAUUACUGUAAGUUAAAACGCCUUUAUUGUCAUGGUAUAGCUGUAUAGUAUGGAAAAGUUUAAAAACGGCAGGACAGAGCCGCAUAGAGCCACAUAGACUACUGGCAGUAGUAUGGCAAAACUCUGCCAAUAGUGCUUUCUCUGUACCACCAAAAGGAAGCAGGUUGAACCCCAAUGAUGUGUCUCAACUAACCAAAUGGUUGAUUUUAGUGUGUAGUUGGACAGUUGAUGUACUGUGCACUCCUUGGCUUUUAAGGGAAAGCAUAUUCCCCACUUUUGUUGAACCAUGAGAAGCACUAGUUUCCCACCAAAUGCAGCUUUUUAGGAGUGCGUCAUACCCGUAAAAGACCCAACAAUGACCACACACAGGCAGACAAACAAUCUUUCUCUCUUUCUUUCCCUAUUUCUAUUUCUCUCUAUCGUAACCUGCUGUGCUCAGGCCCACACUCCAGUCUGGAAAUAUAAUUAAGAUGGGAAUGGGGAAGACAUCCACGCACUCACACACUCACUGUCAAAUACACAUGUUGUGGGGGUGCUUUCUUGCAGGAGGGACUGGUGCACAUCACAAAAUAGAUGGCAUCAUGAGGGGGGGAAAUUAUGUGGAUAUAUUGAUGCAAAAUCUCGAAGACAUUAGUCAGUAAGUUAAAGCUUGGUCGCAAAUGGGUCUUCCAAAUGGACAAUGACCCCAAGUGUAUUUCCAAUGUUGUGGCAAAAUGGCUUUUUUUUCUUUCUUGACUACAAAGUCAAGGUAUUGGAGUGGCCAUCACAAAGCCCUGACCUCAAUCCCAUAGAACAUUUGUGGGCAGAACUGAAAAGGCGUGUGCAAGCAAGGAGGCCUACAAACCCGACUGAGUUACACCAGUUUUGCCAGGAGGAUUGGGCCAAAAUUCUCCCAACUUAUUGUGGAAGCUUAUGGAAGGUUACCCAAAACAUUUGACCCAAGUUAAACAAUUUAAAGGCAAUGCUACCAAAUACUAAUUGAGUGUAUGUGAACUUCUGACCCCCUGGGAUUGUGAUGAAAGAAAUAAAAGCUUAAAUAAAUCAUUCUCUCUACUAUUAUUCUGACAUUUCAAAUUCUUAAAAUAACGUGGUGAUCCUAACUGACCUAAGACAGGGAAUUUGUACUACGAUUAAAUGUCAAAUAAAUAAGUUCAAAUGUAUUUGGCUAACGUGUAUUUAAACUUCCGACUUCAACUGUAAUUAUUCGAGGAACAGAAUCAGAACCAGGAACGAAAGUGAUCUAUAAUGUUCCAGAACAGAACCAUUAUUUGAAAAGCAUGGGAACCGGUUAAUAACAUUCUUCUUUGUUCCGGGCAUUUUUUUGCAUUCCUACAAAAAUUGCAACAAAGCACCUAUGCAAAGCCCUCACUCUGUUACAUUUACAUUUAAGUCAUUUAGCAGACGCUCUUAUCCAGAGCGACUUACAAAUUGGCGCAUUCACCUUAUGUUACUCAGAAACGUAUUCCAGUAUCUGCCUGCCAGCUGGAAAUCUUUGCCAGUUUGUGCGCGUGUUUAGGCUACCUGCCACUUCCCCACCCAAAGCAUAGGUUACUGUAGCCUACUUAAGCGUGAUUCAGAAAUUAGGGAGAGAGAUUUUUUUAUUAGAGAAGAAUGGAUUAACUUUUUCAAUGCUGGUUAAGGAUACUAUAGUUAUACCGUUUCACAUUGGAUUUAUUAACUACAAAAGAUAACACAAGUUUUUAAUUCUAGUGCUGCUCUGCACACACAAGCUUGUUAGCUAAUGUUAUUUCUGCUCCAACAUUAAGCCAACUCUCUGAAGUUCAAAGACAUUCAAAGUUCCCCUACGUAGGUCUAAUUAUACCUCCUGUGUAGGUAUAAUUCUUUGUGCCUAAUUCAGAUAAUGCAUGUCAUGACAAGAUGCCCUUCAAGCCAGGCCUCCUACACUUGUCCAUAGUGACUGACAGCACAGUGUGUGUGUGUGUUUGUCUUUCAUUAUGAUUGAACCAUGCUGUUACGGCAAAAGACAAUUUGCUUUUAACGACUUUCCUCUAAAGAUGAAAUAGCUUAUCCGCUCCAUUGCAAGCUGCUCUGUCCACACUGAUUGGUGAGGUAAUUUGAUGUCGAAAUGAAAGAACAGAAAGGAACUAUAUAAUCGGGUGCUUUUUUGAGGUUCGAACCGGUUCAAACUUUAUUUUGCUGGUCGGAAUAGUGGAAUGGACCCCCAAAAAAUGUGGAUUCUGUUCAGAACAAAACCAUUGGAAAAUCAUCUAAAUCAUCUAAAGCAGUAAAAGUCACCGGUGUUAAAAUAACUAGAACUUACAUUUUUAUGUACACAAAUAUGUCCUUUAUUUUUUGUGUCGUUUGGUUGAUUUGAAAGGCACUUAAAAAAUAUCUAGCUUUUAUUUUUAUUUAUAUAAACUGAGAAGACAGCUCUGAUCAGAAAUGUUUUUCGCAGUCAAUAAUUAGAUACGCAAGUCAUACAGUAUACAGUGUAUUACUCAACUCUUGAUUGUAUUAAUAUGUCAGGUUGAUACUUGUAUUAUGUUUUAAAGUAAAAUGUUGUAGUGUUUUGGAUUGUUUCCUCUAGAAACACCAAAAGUAUGUGUGGCGUGGAAAUUUAAAAGAAUUGGUGAUUGAUCUUUGUUAGAUAGAAAUCAAAUGGUGUAUUAUUGUGUAUUUUGUUAACUACUGGUGUCCAGGAUAAAGUGUAGUUGUAUGAAAUAAAAAUGUUGUCAAAAAUAAAUAAAUAAAUAUACUAUA